AUGCACGCCGGCCAGUUCAUCGUCACGGCGAUCGCCAUCUUCGGGCUGUUGGCGAUCCUGAUCGCAGUACCAGUGUAUCUGAACACCCUAGAGCAUCCGACCGAACUGCUACAGCAGCAAGACCAAUUGAGAAUGGUCGCUAGCGAGAAUAACCAGAAAUACGUGGCUUUACAAAAGUUCAUCCGGAUUGCAAAGAAUGCUGUGCUGACGAAGAAGGAGUGGAGCGAUAUCGUCUACAGCUACUCACAACAAGCUUACCCCAACGAGACCUCAUUCGUAUUAGGUACCUCAUCUAUUCACUCGAAAUGGACAGUAGGGAAUGCAGCAGUUCAGAUCAUGAUGAACAUGUUUCUCACCAACAUGAGGACCAUGACCUGCUACCACUCGACUUGUCGGUUGGCCAUUGGCGUCACGGCAAUUCUGGGAGCAAUUUUGGUGUCCUUGGUGCUUGCCUCUAUGGUCGAGGUAUAUCGCUCCGCCAUCAGGAUGAUCACCGAGCUGGUGAUGCCCAAAGUUGACGAGCUCAAGAAGAAUCGACACAUACUGCUGAAACGGAUUAUGACGAAGGAGGUGGUGACGCUGGUGCUGACGAUGGCGUUGGCUUUUGGCAUGUUUUCGGCCGGAGUCGUGAUCAGCAAGAAGGAGAACAAUUGGACAACUUCAGCGGCUGUCAGCUACAACUUGCACCUCGCUUCAGGAGUGGGCUACGUUAAAGAACUACCAACGUAUCUGGAAUAUGACCAAGUCUCCGCCAGCCGUGCGCUCUUCAUUUUCUGCCAAUUUUUAUGGCUAACCACCCCUCUUGCCGCUCUUUUCGGCAGUAUUAUCGGAAUCUUUCGAGGAAUUGCCAUUGGAAUCGACUAUAUCGAAGACGCCGGAGAGUUGCAACGCUAUCGCGAGAAAGAGUGCAACCGAACUGCUCCGAGAACCCGAGCGCUGUACCACAAC